UCUUUCUCCUCAAUCUAACGGAUUUCAGAAAUGAACAUCCCCUACUGCUAUGACCACGAUAUGAUCAUCUUCAAUUACCCUAUUGCCACAUUCAUGACGCCCUCAACUACGUUUGUUCCUUCCAAUAACGGUUCAUGGGCUCUAUAAAGCUUUACGCGCUUUUGAAACAUCUCACCUCUCGUUUCAACUGUUAGCUUUGCAUUUACCAUGGCCACCACACUGCUCGACAUUACUACCAUGAUCAAACUCGACCACGAAAACGUUCGUGAUCUAUUUCAAAGAUUCAAAUCAGCGACUUCGAAGGAAGAAAAGCUCCCUAUCGUCAACACGCUCAUUCGCGAGAUGGCGGUCCACAGUGAUGCAGAGGAAGUCAGCCUUUACAACGAAUUCGCAGUUCUCGGGUUGGCUGAAACUGCCGAACAUAAUAAAGAGGAACACUCUGAAGUAAAGAAACUCGUCUAUGAAGCCGAUAAUGCAUCUAUCGACGAUCCCAACUUCGACGACAAAAUGACCAUCGCCGUGACGACUUUCCUUGAGCACUCCGAAGAAGAGGAGAACGAACAGUUGCCUCAGAUGGCCGCUCAAAUCACUAGGGAACAGAGCGAUGCCAUCGCAAGGGAAUUCCUCAAAGCUCGAAUGCUCGUCCCUACUCGUGCUCAUCCUGAUGUUCCUCAGACAGGUGGAAUCGUUCAGCAGGCUAUUGGAGUACACGCUAAAAUUCAUGAUAAGCUUUCCGAGACGCUUGCCGGGAGGAAGUUUGUCGAUGUCAAGUACGCACAUCCUGAGCUCUAGGGUUGAGAGGGCCGGCGUAGGUUGCAAAGAUUUUUUAUCCUGUGGAUCUGUUGGUGUAUCACUGUCCUGCUCUAUCUUUUGGUAUUAGGUUCUUCAGUUUCGUUUUCGUUGCUUUUCUCUUCUCGAUCAUCGUGCAUACUGGCAUGUUGCCGCUGGCAGGGCAAGUCAAAGUCAUCCGAGGUUCCGCCACCUCCGGAUGAGGAUGACCAGGCCUUCCAACGUACGACGACCACCGUGCCCCUCGCCCUGAUCUUUAAUACGGAAGGUACCUAAGGUCGCGUUGCUGAGCGCUGAUCCCUCACCUGUUCCACACUUCUUCCAGCAUGUUCCCCAAAGCAAGAUAUUCAUCUCCCACCUAUCCCAAGUCGCGCGAAGGAUAUUCAGUUAAAUCAAGCACCUCUCUAGAAUAUGAUAUCCUCGAGAGCUACCUCCACAAAUGCAGAUCGGAGAACCCUUUCCGCUCUCUGUGCUGGUGGAUGGCCCGCCACCCGCCACCCGCCCCGCCAUCAUUAUCCUCG